UUUGAGCACUUUGAUUUGAAGUUUGAACAGCUAAAAAAGUUGAAACUUGGAAAUAGAAAAUGUGUUUUUGUUUUUUAUGAUUUUGGAUUUUUCAAGAUUUCUUCAAUUUUCAGGAACUAGUUCAUACUGUGCCAUAUGGUAUUCAGGAAGAAGUAAAAUAGCGACAGCAACACCAAAAUAACCAUGUCCAAGCUCACCAUCCCUGCAGAGGUAAUGGACAAGAUGACAUGCCUAGUGUGCAAAAAGUACCUCUCUGUCUUUCCAAUCUAUACGAAAAUGGACGGCUCGGGGGGCUGCUGCGGCCGGUGCCCCCUUCCGGACCCCAACAAUCACGUCCGCGACGAGGCCUUCGAGAACAUCGCCAGGUACCUCGUCUUCCCCUGCUCGCACGAAGGGUGCAAAGAGACCAUGACCCCCGUGCACUUGGAGGGGCACGAGGCGUGCUGCGUGUUCAGGAAGUACGAGUGCCCCAGCAAAAGUUACUCCAAGUGCGAUUGGAAGGGGGCGCUGCUCGGAGCGUCUGGGAGUGACUUGAAGAAGCAUUUUCAAGACAAACAUGCAGAUUUAUUAUUGACCACCCCCUCUUUUGAACUGAUAUUCAACAACACCCUGGAAGAAAACAUGCUCCUCUAUCACUUCGAAGAAUUGUUCAUAGUAAAAAAGGAGAUAGACGCACGUAGGGGGUUGUUUUUUUGCACUGUGGAACACUUGAGGUCCACUGAGAACUCAGACACCUAUAUGUACUUUUUGAGAUGUGAAAGUGGAAACAAAGAUUACUUUUACAGAGGUCCAGAGAAGGCAACAAAACGCAACAACACUACAAAACUUACUAUGGAUGUUCUUAAGGAGCGUUUACAGGAUCCAGCUGUGAUUAUUGUGAAUAUUGAGAUCAUCAAAAGCAACAACGAAGAUACUGGAGAAAAUAAUGUGGCUGAGCGUUUCGAGAUGAACAUCAACCCCAACGUCGACUGGCAGAUGCUGUCGGAGCUCGAGUGCCCCAUCUGCCUCGACUACAUGCUGGCGCCCAUCUACCAGUGCGUGAGGGGUCACAGCAUAUGCGGCAAGUGCAAGAAACGCGUUCUCGAAACUGCCGGCAACUGUCCCUCCUGCAAGCAGCCCUUCCACGACACACAGAACUUCUCCCUGGAAAAGAUGUCCCAGCUGAUGGUGUACCCGUGCAAGUUCCACAAGUCGGGGUGCAAUUUCGCCUCCAAAUCGGCUGAGAUAAUGGUGCACGAAGAUAGCUGCGAGUACGGCUCCUACAAGUGUCCCGUGGAUACAGAGGGCACCGUUUGCGAGUGGAUCGGCAGCAGCUCCAAGGUUAUUGAGCAUGUGUCGAACAACCAUGAAGAAUACCUUCUGAAAGUGUCCAAAAUUAAAGUGCCUUUCGCCAGAAACGAACCGCGCACUGAAGUCAAAUUCGUGAGUUUCCAAAAGAUGCUCUUCAAGAUUUUCUUCAUAUACAAACAGAAGAAGUUCUUCUGGACGGUGCAACUAGUGGGACCAACGAAAGAAAGCAAAAACUACAAAUUCGAGGUCGAUGUUAUCGAUAUGACAGGAGACAAAAAAAGGUUCUUCAUGGUGGGCAAUGUGGCCAAUCUAGAUGACGACUGGCGUCGUGUUCAAAGGCCUCGGGGUUUUGUUCUCUUCGCCGCUUUGGAGCAAUUGGAGGGGUUUAUUAGGGAGGACCAAGGGGGGGACUUUUCAUUCAGAAUCAAAGUCAUCAAAAGUUAAUUCGGAUAAGUAGAUUUUGUCUAAUCAGGAUUUUCCGAAAUUGAUUAUUUAUUUUUGAAAGAUUCCUGGAAAAUUUGCUGAACAAGGAAUUUUUGAUACUGAAGUAUUAUGUAUAUGUUACCAAUUCCUUAAUUCUUGAUUUCAUUCAUUUAUGCCUAUUGUUUGUCAUUUUAUUUUGAUUUUAGAUUUAUUUAAGAGAAGUAAUGUAUAGUUUGUUAUUGUGGAAAAGCAUACAUAUUGUUAGUAUUUACAUUAAAAAAUCAAUUUGGAAAGUUUCAAUGAUGUUUCAAUUAUUUGAACCUAGAAUAU